AUGCCUGCUCCCCCCCCACCGUAUCCCGUUCAGCAGCAGCAGCAGCAGCAACAGCAGAACGGGGGUCAGUCCCGCCCAGGACAACCAGGACAGCCAGGACAGCAAGGACAACAGCCUUUUCAGAAUGUCGGUCAGCCGAAAGGAAACCAAGGAGUCCAAAACUACCCAAAUCAGCACUCUCUCUACGAUCCACAGCUCGCGCAAUGGACCAUCCAGAAAGGGAACAAGAGUUCCUGGGAGUUGGCCGAGCCGGAGCAAGAACAUAUCUCGCUCGAGGAUCUGCGAGAUGAUUUGAACCGGCUGCGCAGAAACCGUGCUUCAAUCAAGAAAACUAUUAACGAGAUUCCUUCGGGAAUUGCCGACCAUGUUAGGCGCAUAAUGAAUAAACUCGUUCAGCAACAGAGCCAAUUUCUUCAGCGAGAAAACCGAAAUCUGGAAUGGGUCAUUGCCGGAGUGGAUCUCGAGUGGAAGUCACUCAAUCGCCGUGAGAGAAAGUUAAUACGCAUCGACGUUAUAUUGCAGACUCAACAACGUUCUAGCACCCCGGUCAACCCAGCCAAAAAUCCCGGAAACGGUUACGACGUUCCCAAAUCGAGCGGUCCACAACAGGACCAGAAGAGUUGGGCUCAGAACCCUAACCAAGGACUUGGUCAGAAUCCAAAAAAUAACCAGAAUCAGCAGUCCAAUCAGCAAUUUAAUCAACCCCAAGGGCGCAACCAAGUCCAAGGUCAAGGACAAAUGCCAGGAGUUAACCAACCUCCCCCUCCACCUCCGCCACCACCAAUUCAAAGUAUGGGUCCUGCCCCAAAUCCUUCUGGACCAUAUGGGAAUCAAGGAAUACCGCCGCCACCACCACCACCUAUGAGCUGUCUUCCGAAGCAGCCACAGCCACAACAAAUGCAACAACAACAACAACAGUAUCCACAGGGACAACACGCCUCUCAUCAGGCACCAAUGCCCAACAUGCCUGGAGCAUUCCCAAUGCCGACAAAUCAACCAAGUAUGAGGCAUGAACCACCGAAGUUUCCCAUCGAUAACCUCACCGCUCACAUGCUAAAGAAACAAAUGUCGAAGACUAAACUCAGAUAUUCAGACUGUGAGGAAUCGGGAAUGGAUUCUUCGGAAAGCGAAAGCUUCAGUGAAGAGUCUGCCGAUGACGGAUACCGUUUCGUCGCUAGCCAUGCUCGAAGUAGAAGUCGAACCAAGAGCAGGGACAGGAGUCGAAGUAGACCAAGGGAUCUAAGUCGAAAUAGGGUAACGAAGUCCUACAAGGACAAGACUUCACAUCACCGAUCCGGGUCCGGCAUUCCCCCGGCUCCCUUUGGUCUGUCUAAUGGGAGACCCCAAGACAAGUCGCCGUUGUUGCGAUCUCCUUCCAUGGGGCAUCACGGUGGAAAGUCGACCAAGAGCGAGUCUCCGAGGUCAUCCAAGGGCGCUCUACCUUCUCCCGUCCAGAUCAUUAUGAAUCCCACCCCCGCUAUCACGAGCACUCACAAUCGGUCCCGCGAUCGGUCCCGUGAUCGGUCUCGCGAUCGGUCCCGCGAUAGGGGCCGGCCCGUGAAAGGGCCCGUGAAAGGUCCCGUGAUCGAUCCCGUGAUCAAUACGGACGGGGCCAUGGAAAACACGGGUAUAGGAGUCGAGAAGACAGCGACACCGAUCAUUCAAGAGGGCGAAAUAGCGAUCGAGCCCCGUCGAGGUGGAGGCCAUCGGCGUCAGAGCUCAUCCAUAUCUCCAUUUGGCGGCACGGAUGAGAAGUGGAUGUCGGCUCAGUACAUGACACGAGUUCCUUCAUCGGCCAGCGCCAGCGACACUGUUUACACAGACGGUAGAUCUUCGAUCUCUGACGCUGAUGACAGUGUCUUCUCUCGAGAGGAAGACUUCCCUCCUCGCUUGCGUACCCAAGACCCUGCCCGGAUCAGCAGAGGGUCUCUUCACAGGGCAACCACAGAUGGUCACCAACGACACAACCGCACGGUCCCAAUAUACCGUGAACAUGAUCUCAAUACCAUGCGUCCUCAAGUCCGAGAUGAUUACCCUGGGUAUAACUCUCAACAACAAGCGUACCCGCGCCGGAGCAGCAGGACCCCGAACUACUUCCCUGAACCCCUGCUCAACGAAGACAUCUACGAUGGUUAUGCUGGGUCUCGACGACCGCAACCCCCCCACCGUCGCCAUAGCUUGCAAGUACAACACCUUCAGGAACAACCAUCCUAUGACUACGGCACCCAGCCCCACUCUCAAUAUGCCUCCGCACCGAAAGCUCUUGUGUCCUCACAGGCGCCGCGGUAUAUUGCAGACAGCCACGCUGACGUCGUGAAAGAUGCAAUCCAAAACGGGAUCCAAAACGGUGUUGAAGCAGCCAUCGAGCAUAUGCAAGCGUCUCAUAGGCAACCUCUACGACGAAGCACUACGUUAAGUAGUCGACGAGGGAGUCAGAUCGACCCCUGGGGUAGUGAUCAGCAGUAUGUUGGCACGAACGCAGCGCCCAGGUAUGGCCAGAGGUCCCUCUUCGUUCUGUCUUUUAAAAAUCAACAGCUGGUGUUUAGGUAUUUCUGGAGUUUUAGGUCUAUGUGCGGUGUCCAAUUUUUCUACUUUCGGGGGUUUCGAGGGUUGGGCGCUCAGAUUGGAAAGUCGGAGUUUACGAGAUCUAUUCAGACUGCAGUUUUGCGUUGCGGUGUCGGUAUGGUCAUCGUUGUAUUUCGGUUCACAUUCCAAAAACUCUACUCUGCUUUCUUUCUUUCUUCGUUUGCCUUAGCUUGCAAAAUCGGCUUCUACAAUACGUCAGCCUUUUCUUAA